AUGCGAUACUACAACCUACUGAGCAAAAUAAAUUUCGGGAAAAACCUGAGAGCGAAUCUGCAGGCGAAGCGAACGUUUAGCGGAGGGGUGAACGGAGAAAAAGGGAAAUACGCCAAGGAGGGAAAGGGCAAGUACGUUCUCUGUACAGCAGUGACAUCAGUGGCACUCUCAGUUGCCUUGACCUACGCAUACGAAAACUAUGUUCUCUACAAAUGGAACCACAAGUACGACUAUUCAUACAAUCCCCACGUGAAGACCAUCGAAAAUAAGUUGAAAGAAAAAAAAGAAGGAAAGAGAGAAAAAAAACAUGUAUCCAAAAAUAUAAUACUCGUUCGACAUGGACAGUACAUACGAAAAAACGCAAAUGAUGAAAAUGCAAAAAAAUUAACCAAAGAAGGAUGUAAACAAGCGGAUAUGACAGGAAAAAAAUUAAAAGAUAUUUUAAAAGAUAAGAAAAUCAGUGUUAUAUACCAUUCAGAUUUAAUUAGGGCAAAAGAAACCGCAGAGAUUAUUAGUAAAUAUUUUCCGAACGCUCAAUUAAUAAAUGAUCCAAACUUAAAUGAAGGGACUCCUUUUCUACCUGAUCCCAUUCCUAAGAGCUCUAAAUUUGAUAAAAAUAAAAUUCAGGUGGAUAAUAAAAGAAUCAAUAAAGCGUAUGAGAGUUACUUCUACCAACCACCUGGUGAUGAAGAUGAGUACCAGUUAGUGAUAUGCCAUGGGAAUGUCAUUCGGUACUUUUUAUGUAGGGCUUUACAACUUCCUUUGUUUGCUUGGCUCCGUUUUUCAAGCUACAACUGCGGUAUUACUUGGCUCGUUCUAGAUGACGAGGGUUCCGUCGUUCUUCGUGAAUUCGGCUCCGUUUCGCACCUCCCCUUCGACAGCGUUACCUACUUCUGA